AUGGCGUCUGAGGCACCCCCUGCCGGUGGAUCCCUGGCGGAUCGCGUCACCCAACCCGAUGCGCCCAAGCCUGCUGAAACCGAGAAGCCCGGUGAUGGCGCCCCCUCUGAGCUGCGCGGCUCCGAGCUCCAGGAGCCUGAAUACUCGGUUGAGGUUAAACUGAGCGACCAGCAAGCCGAUCCCAACAACCCAUUGUAUUCGGUCAAGAACUUCGAGGAUCUCGGCCUGGAUGAACGUAUCCUGAAGGGCCUGUCUGCGAUGAACUUCCGCAAGCCUUCCAAGGUGCAGGAACGCGCUCUGCCCCUGCUCAUGCGCAACCCCCCAGCAACCUCGUCGUCGCAGAAAACACCCCAGGCUCUGAUCCUCGCCCCCACACGUGAGCUGGCGCGCCAGAUUGUCGGUGUCAUUCAAGUCAUGGGCCAGUUCCUCGACGGCCUCAUCAUUGGGACUGCUGUCCCCGCCGAUAGCGCAACGCGUCCGACUCAGAUGGCUUGCUCGGUGGUGGUCGGUACGCCUGGUACGGUGCAGGACAUGAUCAAGAAGCGCAUCAUGAAUGCCAGCCAGUUGAAGGUGCUUGUCCUGGACGAGGCCGACAACAUGCUUGACCAGCAGGGUCUGGGUGACCAGUGUAUCCGUGUCAAGGCCAUGCUUCCCCGAACCAUUCAAGUCGUUCUCUUUUCCGCCACUUUCCCCACCCACGUCCACCGAUAUGCGGGCAAGUUCGCACCGGACGCGAACGAGAUCACCCUCAAGCACGAGGAAUUGACAGUCGAGGGUAUCAAACAGCUCUAUAUGGAUUGCAACAACGACGAGGAAAAGUAUCGCAACCUGGUGCAGCUCUACGGACUUCUCACUGUCGGAUCUUCUAUCAUCUUCGUCAGGACCCGUAAUUCUGCUGUGGAGAUCGAGAAGCGCAUGGUUGCCGAAGGCCACACCGUUGCGUCUUUGACCGGUGGCAUCGAGGGCUCGCAGCGUGAUGCCGUGAUUGAUGCCUUCCGCAAUGGCGAUGCCAAGGUUCUCAUCACCACCAACGUUCUCGCCCGUGGAAUUGACGUGUCGACCGUGUCCCUGGUCGUCAACUACGAUAUCCCCGAGGCAUUCACCCCCGGCUCCAAGUCCCGCGAACCCGACUAUCAGACCUACCUGCACCGCAUCGGCCGAACGGGUCGUUUCGGCCGCAUUGGAGUCGCCAUCUCCUUCGUCUCGAACCGGGACGAAUGGGAUAUGCUCCGCAAGAUCCAGGAACACUUCGGAUGCAAUAUUGACCGAGUGGACACCGACGACUGGGAUGAGGUGGAGAAGGUCAUCAAGAAGACGAUCAAGAACCCGCGCUCCCAGGCGAACUAUGUCCAAAUGUCCUAG